AUGAGUUCCAGAAGAGGAGGUGGGAGGCCUGUGGCCAGCAAUGAUGAAUUUUCGUCCAAGGGGAAAGGUGUAUCACAAUCUGAUCCCAACUUUGAGCAGCUGACUCAAGGUAUUGCUGAUGUUAGCCUAGGCUCAGGACAAGAUGAUGACGGACAAUGGGAGGUUUAUGGGAAGAAAUCCAAGAACAGAGGUGGAAAUAAUGCUGCAAAACAACGGGGUCCUCCAGGUCCAGCCUAUACUUCUAAUCCUAGAGGACAGGGAUAUGCAGAUGUAGCUCAAAGGCCAGGCACACGUAAUCCCGGUGGAGCUGGAAGAGGUGCUGGAAACCAAGGGCAGACACAAUAUGCUCAUAUGAGACCUGCUGGUAGAGGUAAUGCAAGGCCUCUUUCAGCAGCAGGUGGUUAUGGAUACAAUCCGACUUCUAAUCCAAUCACUCGUCCUCCUCUGGAACAUGGCUGGAGCUGGAAAUCUAGAGCUGGUGGAAUGCAGAAAAAUGCAAUGACUGAAAUGGCACUACAGGAGUUUGAACAGAAUAAGGAUGAGGAUGAGGAUGAUGAUGAGGAGGAGGGAGACGAUGACUGCGAUGAUCUGGAAGAUACUGAUGAUGAUCUAAUGAGCGAUGAAUAUGAUUCGGAUGCCAGUCAAAAGAGCCAUGAGACACGAAAGAAGAGCAAAUGGUUCAGAAAAUUCUUUGAGAAUUUGGAUAAACUGACGAUUGAACAGAUAAAUGAACCAGAAAGACAGUGGCACUGUCCAGCUUGUCAAGGUGGUCCUGGUGCUAUUGAUUGGUACAGAGGACUGCAGCCCCUUAUGAAUCAUGCUAAGACAAAGGGUUCAAAAAGGGUGAAGGUUCACAGGGAGCUUGCUGUACUUCUUGACGAGGAAUUGCGUAGAAGGGGCACUACUGUAGUUCCAGCUGGGGAAGCAUUUGGAAAAUGGAAAGGUUUGAAAGAAGUAGAGAAAGAUCAUGAAAUAGUUUGGCCUCCGAUGGUCAUCAUUCAGAAUACUAAGCUUGAGCAAGAUGAUAAUGAGAAGUGGUUAGGCAUGGGCAACCAAGAGCUUCUUGAUUAUUUUAGCUCUUAUGCUGCUGUGAGAGCAAGACACUCAUAUGGCCCUCAAGGUCAUCGAGGGAUGAGUGUUUUGAUAUUUGAAACCUCAGCUAGUGGUUAUCUAGAGGCAGAACGUCUGCACAAACAUUUUGCUGAGCAAGGAACGGAUAAAGAGACUUGGUUUAGUAAUCGCCGGAUUUUGUUUCUCCCUGGAGGUAAUCGACAGCUCUAUGGAUACUUAGCUACUACAGAAGACUUGGAGUUUUUCAACAGGCAUUGCCAAGGUAAAACUAGACUAAAGUAUGAACUGAAAUCAUAUCAAGAGAUGGUUGUAAACCAAAUUCGUCAGAUGAGCGAGGACAACCAGCAGCUCAACUAUUUCAAGAACAAGAUGGUCAAAGAAAAGAAACACUCGAAAGCUAUGGAAGAAUCCUUUGGUUUUGUAACUGAGAAGCUGCGGAAAACUAUGGAAGAAAAUCGCAUUGUGAGGCGGAGAACUAAACUGCAGCAUGAGGAGAUUAAAGAAGAGAUGUACGCACAAGAACAAUUCUUCAAGGAACAGAUUACUAGCAUCCAUGAUUCAAGGAAUGAAAAAGAAGAAGACUUUGAAAGGAUGCAGCAAGAGGAACGUGAGAAAGUUAAGCAGUCAAGUACCAGUCCUCUAAAUGCAGAGGAACGUCGACUCAAGGUGGAGGGAUAUGUUAAGUUUGUUGAAUUCCAGGAGAAGGAGAUGGAGAACUUUGUUGAAGAAAAGGAAAAGCUCUUCCAAGCCCACGAGGAGAGCAUUGCUGCUAUGAGGAGGAGACACUGGGAGGAGGAGGUGGAGAUGGAGAAGAAGUUUGAUGAAGACUUAACCAAACUCAUGGAGAAGUAUUCCCCAUCUCAGCAGUAG